ACCGUCUCGCUGCUGCUUUGCUUAUUGUGGAUCCGCUCACCUCAUUGCUAACUGGGAACUUUUAUAUUUAAACUUCUUUAUUCUUUUUAAUUUUCCGCUUCCAUUUCUUUACCCUUGGGUCUCUAUACAUGCUGAGCGCUGCUCUACUGCUGCUGUCUCACUCACACUUCUGCUCUCCAUCCCACACACCCACCAACGCUCUCUCACACUUACGGUACUGUAUCUGCCCCCCCCCCCCAUCAACCUGUUUCCUUCCUCUGUUGCAAACCACAAACUUUAUGCCCUGUUUGUGCUCUCAGGCUGAUCACCUUUCUCACUGGGUCUCUCUCGCUGGCAGAAUGAGGCAUCUUCUCUUGGGACUUGCUCUGCUCCAAGAGUUAUGCGUCUGCCUGGGAUAUAACCUUGCAACGUCUGCUGAGAAGGAGUUCUCUGGCCAGUCCAGCGGGCAGUUUGGGUACAGAGUGAGACAGUUCCACACAACCCAAGGAGAGAGGAUCCUAGUGGGAGAUCCAGGGUCAGGACAGAUAUACGCCUGUGAUGUCGAUAGUGAAUCAUGUGAUGUCAUCAUAGGGGCCAACAAAACGGAUGCCUCCAACCUUGGUCUGACAUUGGAAGUAGAUCCAUCCCACAACAAAAGUAUUGUGUGUGGUCCUGGCAAACCCAGAGAUUGUUACCAGACGCCCUACACGAAUGGGGAAUGUUACAUGAUUGACUCCAGUCUGGCCACAUCCAAAGAACUCAACCCCGGCCACCAAGAUUGCCAGAAAGCCGAGGUGGAUCUGUGCUUCAUGGUAGAUGGUUCCAGCAGCAUGGGGGAGAUAGAGGUCAAUAUCGUAAAGGAAUUCAUGAAAAACGUUAUAAAGAGCCUGGAGAAUGAAACCAGUGUGCAUUUUGCCGCCAUCCAGUUCUCAACACACCCAAAGACAGAAUUUACAUUCGCUGAUUUCCAGAAAGAUCGGAAUCCUGAUGUUCUUCUGGCUAAUUAUAGGCUUUUGAAGGGCUUCACCAAUACCUACAAGGCCAUUCAGUACACACUAGACCAUAUAUUUACAGAACAAAAUGGCUCCCGGCCCAGCGCUAAGAAGGUUCUCGUGAUUCUCGCAGAUGGUGAAAGCACAGACGAUGACACUACAAAGGCAAUAGAGAAGGCCGAUAAGGCUCGAGUGUCUCGCUACAUCAUUGGGGUAGGUCAGAAUUUUAAAACCGAAGACUUGGAAGCAUUUGUUUCCUGGCCUGCAAAGGAACACACAAGGACCAUUGAGAAAUUUGAUGCACAGCAACUGACUAUACUCUUUGCGGAACUGCAGCGCAAGAUUCUUUCUAUUGAAGGUGCAGGUCAGGGGACGAAAUUUAAGCGGGAAUUUUCAUCCGCCGGUCUCAGCUCUGCGGUGCUCCAGGACAUGGUCAUGCUGGGUGAUCCUGGAGUCUAUGGGUGGUCUGGAGGAUUGCUGGAACUCGAACUCUCUCACAAAGAACUAUUCAUCAACAUGAGCCAAGAAGAUGGCAGACAUUUUGGAUACCUGGGUUACUCUGUGAAAUUCCUACGAGCACCGGGGAGAGUUUUCUGCGUGGCAGGGGCCCCCAGAUACCAAUACCAUGGACAGGUGACAUUACUAGAGAAAUCCAUGAGUGAGACAGGAUGGGAGGAGAUAGAUGGAGUGUAUGGAGAACAGUUAGGAUCAUACUUUGGCGCAGAAAUAGCCGUCUCUGACCUUGACCAAGAUGGCUUCUCCGACCUUGUGUUGAUCUCAGCCCCUCACUACCAGGAAGAGAGAAGGGGAGGGCGUGUGUAUGUCUAUAUCUUCACAAAUGGUUCCCUCCAAAGCUCUGGCAUUCUCCUUGGGGAUGUCGGCCACCCAUUUGCACAGUUCGGUGCCGCCGUGUCAGCAAUGGGAGACCUGGAUGGAGAUGGUCUCUGCGAGGUGGCAGUGGGAGCACCAUAUGAGACUGAAGGCAGAGGAGCAGUCUAUAUAUUCAAAGGCAAAAACACUGGGAUUCAAAAAGCAUACAUCCAGCGAUUGGUGGCUCCUCCAGGGAAAAGAGGCUUUGGUUUGUCCAUCGACGGUGUGCUCGACAUGACGAGGGAUGGCCUUAUAGAUCUCGCCGUCGGAUCAUGGAAUAAUGUCACCCUCCACAGGUCCAAACCACUUUUCAAUGUAACGGUGAAGAUGACAUUUGACCCUCCAGAAAUCCCCACCCGUCAUUUGGAAAGUACCAAGUGUGAGAGCAAAGUGACGCUGCAGGCUUGUGUGCACCUCACAAGACUUACACCUCAAUAUACAAACCCCGUGAGUGUUUCUCUUGAGUGCGAUCUUUCUCUGGAAGUGGGGCGCGUCUUGAGUCGGGUCUCUUUCGAGAGCCAAGAUAGAGAAGUCAAUACAACGUUUAGUUUGAAAAGCGAAGGUUGGCAAUGCCAGAAUUUCACCCUCUUCCUAACAGACUGUUCCAUGGAAGAUAUCAGCCCAGUUCAAGUGCUUAUGAAUGUCUCUCAGAUAGAAGACGGCUCUCAAUGGGUUUUAUCACAAUUCAGCAACCUUAAAGAUGUUUCCCAGCUCCCCCUUCAGGUAUGCGGCGGCAGUGACGUCUGCACUCCCAAUCUCGUUGUGCGCUUCCAUAGUGUCAAGCCAUUGGUUGUACAGAAAGUUGAUUUAUAUUCAUUGCAACUGCAGUUGCAGAACUUGGGCGAGAUUGCUCUCGGGGUCAGCCUCAACAUCACCUGUCCACCUGGACUGUCCUACAGCAAGAGUAACGUCACCGAGUCUUCAAGGAGGACCCUUUUGAGUUGCAAGGAGUCUGAGGCACAAAAUCUAAUCUGUAACUUUAGCCCAUCUUCAAUGAAAUACAAAGAAUGGGUUAAGAUUCAGAUUAUGUUUCAUAUUAUCACCAGCGUGCCCUGGCCAAGUCAAAUACAGAUUGAAGCAACUGCAAUGAGUAAUAACCAGGAAAAUGAGACCUCAAACAGCAGCACAACCAUUCAAGUCCUGUAUCCAAUUGAUAUCUUCACUAAAAGUCUGGACAAUUCCACAAAAUAUGUAGAAUUCACCACACAUGACCAAAGCAUCAAUGUGACCCACCACUACCAGAUCCAGAACUUACAGCUCAGUAACGUCCCAACCAAGGUGACCAUUUCUGUGGUGACGCCAGGACAGCUGCCCCAUGGCCUACGGUGGGACGUAAAAAGUGUCUCCGUGGGCCAGGAUAUUGUUUGUGAUCCCAAGACUCCAAACUGGACAACUUCAAAGGUUCCACAAUCUGCCUCAGAUAAGAUAUUUGAGUGUGAGGUGGGAAAUCUGACCUCUAUCGGCAUACGAGUCAUGGGAAAGCUAAACAUUACUCAACCAUGGAAGGUACCCACUACUGUGAGUGUGAACAGUUCCGUGGCCGUCCAGUACAAUAUGAGUGUGUUUCACAGUAAAAUGGGUGAGACCUUCCACAGAUCACAGAUAAUCACCCUAGUGGGACUCGUGGUGCUUCCUAACCAGCUUCCCUACACCAUUGGGGGCAGUAUUGGGGGAGUAGUCGCACUUAUUAUCAUCAUUGUCAUUCUGUACAAGUGCGGCUUCUUUAAAAGCUACAAGGAACGGAUGCAGGAGAAUAAUGCAGACGGCACAGACUGCACAGAAGCUGAGGGAGAACCCCAGGAGUCCCUUACCUCACAGACUGCUCUCCAGGAUUAACGUCCACUACUGCCACCCCAGGCUGACACUUGCACUGGCAUUACAGUACCACCACUCACCACUAGGGGCAAAUAUACCCAAAACAUUCACAGAAAGCAUGGAUGUUAGGGCUGUUAUAUGUUCCUUUGGCGCCCCCUACUUGCAAACUACAGCCAUUAGAAGAUGGUGAAUGUCACAAUCCUACUUGAAGGCUCAUAAAGCCCCAACCCAAUAUUAUUUGGCCUGGACACUCACCAUCUUCCCCACUUGUGCCACUUACUCCUCACCCCGGCUCUCAUUACCCCGGUUUGCUUGGCCCCCUGAUAUCACUGUGCCCCCCAACUGUGCCCAAGGCACCCCUAGUUCUGGCCCUGGUUUGAUGGCUCCCACAUUGCUGAGGAGAAGGGGUCAGAACAAACAGAUAUAAAUAUCCGGCAAUACAAAGCCCACGGGCAGCCAUAUUUCUCCCACAUAGAUGGCUCAUUGCGAAGGCUCUGACCUGCUUGACGGUGGGAAGGAUGAUGGGAAUGGCGGCGGUACAACUGACUGGUGGGAAGGAUGAUGGGAAUGGCGGCGGUACAACUGGCUGGUGGGAAGGAUGAUGGGAAUGGCGGCGGUACAACUGACUGGUGGGAAGGAUGAUGGGAAUGGCGGCGGUACAACUGACUGGUGGGAAGGAUGAUGGGAAUGGCGGCGGUACAACUGGCUGGUGGGAAGGAUGAUGGGAAUGGCGGCGGUACAACUGACUGGUGGGAAGGAUGAUGGGAAUGGCGGCGGUACAACUGGCUGGUGGGAAGGAUGAUGGGAAUGGCGGCGGUACAACUGGCGGAGUAAAUAAUAAUAAAGGAGACAGAAUAGAAUCUUAGUGUAAAUAUUAGGAAAUUAAGAAUUCUUGUUUUGCUGGGUGUGACACCAUUUUUAUUUUUUGUAAAUGUUUUUUUUAAUUAAAAAAAUAACUUUUUUUAAAGAUA